ACUUUAUUUAAUUCGAUGGUCAGUGUAAUGUUCAAUCUAGCCUUGUAAUUUAAGAUCCCACAACGUGCUUAAUUUUCAUGAUAAAAAUGAACAUGAUAUUAAAAGUGCUCAGCGUCGGAAUAUUUCUUCCAAUUGUCGCGUAUUCUCUGACACAGCUAUCGGACAGAUUCCGGACAGAAUAUGUCUGUGACAUGGACUAUGGACAGAUUUUAGAGGAGACCGGUAAACGCAGUGUAUUGUCUUGCGGAGGAACAUGUUCCCGGAGAACGGACUGUCGAUCCUUUGUUUUCAAUCCUCAGGACAAGAUGUGCCGAUUGAACUCCAGGAUUCUCCUAUUUCCGACCUACGGAUGUCCCGUCGUAGUCAAAUAUGGUUACUUUUUGGCUUCAAAUCCCGGAUUGACAACACCACCACCAUUUGUAGGGAAAAUUGUUGGCGAAUCAUGCAUUGAUAGCACAGAGUGCGUAGAAAAUUUUACAGAAUGCAGUGUAACUGAUGUGUGUAUGUGCCUACCAGGAUAUGUUUACGAUUAUACAAACCGCACAUGUAUUUUCAUAAUGGCAAGACUUGAGUAA